AUGGCAGCUGUUAUGAAGUACAUACUUCCCGCAAGCCUCCUGCUGGCCUCGAGUGCGGCGUGGAACACGGAUGUACAUAAUCAAAUCGGAUUCAUGGCAGAGGAGCUCCUCACCCCGCAUGCCGUAGCCGUACUCUCACAGCUCCUCGAGCCGCAGUACAACGGCUCCAUAGGCCGUGCGGCUGCCUGGGCUGAUGGCUAUGCACAUACCGACGAAGGUCGAUUUUCGUAUCAAUGGCAUUGGAUAGACGCCCAUGAUUAUCCGCCUGAACGAUGUAAUCUCAACUACACACGCGACUGUGCCCAUGGAGGUUGUGUUGUUUCUGCCAUUGCCAAUCAGACCAGCAUCUUGAAAGGGUGUAUUCAAGACGUGCAGACUGGAAUCUUUUCAGGCGGUACGAACCUGACUUGCUCGUAUGCACUGAAAUGGGUAUCGCAUUUCCUCGGAGACAUUGCGCAACCGCUGCACGCUUCUCAAAGAGCCGCUGGAGGGAACUUCUUCCGCGUCAAGUUUGGAAACAAGUCGACAGAACUCCAUGCUGUUUGGGAUGGAUACAUUCCGUACCUCGCAGCCAACGUCAGCGAACCAUUCUCGAACCAGUCGAUCGCGCCAUUCUUUUCGAAUCUCGUGUCUCGAAUCCGAAAAGAUCAGUUCUACGAAGCUCCGUAUAUGUGGACUGCAUGCACGGAUCCUGCGCGGUCGGUUGAGUGCGCUACUCGUUGGGCUACUGAAAGCAACCAGUGGACGUGUGAUUACGUCUACAGUCGGGUGAAUCAGUCUGCAGAUCUGGCAGAAGACGGUUACGCGUUCGGUGCGGUUUCCAUUGUCGAGUUGCAGAUUUCCAAAGCCGCUCUUCGACUUGCGACUUGGUUGAACAAUCUUGUGGAUGGGGUGGCAGUGACUGCAGGUGGGGAGACUUCUUGGGGAAAGAGUACAAUCUCACACGAGCAAAUCGUUCUGGAUCUCACGGAAGAAUAG